CGCCUAAAAUCCCAUUGCUCGGGUUUCUCGGCAGAGGAUAGUUCUCAGCAGAGGAUAGUACAGCUUUGAGCGACGAAGAUGCUAAGCACGGGACGUUUUCAGCUGCCGUGGUGUUCAAAUUCUCUUCUCACCAUUCAAAGCAACAGCACUGCUUCAUCUCUCUCAUUGCCUUACAGAACUCACCGAACCCAUCUAGCUUUCUGCCCCAGUGUAUCUUCAUCAGCUUUGCUCUUCACUGCCUGGUCCGAAAAUGGUGUUUUCCUAUCUUCUUUACGGACGUUCUGUAAUACCCAUUUCAACUCCUCUGCUGAUUUUGGUCAUGGAUGUAAUGGGUUCAGAGCUUUUGCUCUGAAAAAGCACGCUAGAGGUGAAAUGGAACUCUUAGAUAUGGACAGUUUUGAUGAUGAUUAUGAUGAUGACGACGAUGAGGAGGAGGAGGAGGAGUUUGGCAAUGGCGAUGAUUUUGAAGAAGAUGACGAAGAUGGAACCUUUUUUUUGCCGUUUGGGAGGAUGAAGAAGUGGCUGGAGAACAAGCCCCGUGGGUUUGGUGAAGGGAAAGUGUACGACACUUCAAUUGAGGACAAACUGUUCGAAGAAAUGGAGCAGAGUAGACAAGCCCAGGAUGCUAAUAUUAAUAAGCUCAAGAAAAAUCCCGCAAAGCCUAGUUCCAAGCAAGAUGAACAAAAGAAGAAAGCUAAGGAAGUUGUUCCAAGUGGAAUCCAAGUGCAAGUGGUCAACCUUCCUAAAAAGAAGAAUGUCCAUAGAGAUUUGAAGUCAGCUUUCAAAGGUGUGCCUGGUAUAAUUAGUAUAAACCCUGUAGUUUCUGGAAACAAGAAGACCAGGGACCCUAUUUGCAAGGGUUCUGCUUUCAUUUAUUUCAAGUCUGAGGAGGAGGCAAACAGGUUCAUUCAGAUGUUUUCCCGGCAGAGUAUAAGUUUUGGAAAAGUUCAGAAGGAAAUAAAAUGUGAGAUAGUAAAGUCACAAAUAUCAGAUUCUGCUAUUGAACAAUCAGCGGACAGGACUUACACUGAAGAAGUUCCUGAAGUGGAAGGAUAUCAAAAUGGUCUUUCUGAUAUGGAUGAUUCUUCCUUGGAAAUGGGGGUGGAGAAUAGAUCUGAUGAAUAUGAUGAACCUAAUGAUAACUUCGACAUGCAAGAACCCGAAGAUGUCGGAGAGAAUCUUGAAUCUAUCACUGCAUCAGAGCUAAGUGAUGGAGAUAGCUUGGAACAAAGAUCAGAGUCUGAGUCGUCAUUAGAUUUAGUUUCUUUGAAGCGGCUAGAGAGAAUCGAGGCACUUGAGAAGAAGCUACUUGGUAAAGGGAUGGAAGAGAAGGUUCCUAGCAAAGGUAAAGGGGAGAAAAUUCGUAAGAAAAAGCUACUUGCAAAAGGCAAAGAAGUGAAAGAUCAAAGAAAAUUGGGCAUUCCAGGAUCUGCCAAGAGGUUAAAGAUCAAAGAAAAGGCUGUUUUGACUGACGUGUUUUCUAAAUACGGAACCAAAUCUGCCAUGGCUUCCAAGGAAGAAAGAUAACCAGUAAACAGUAACUGGAUAUUUCUCAAAUCUGAGACCCAUUUCUAAGAAUUUGAAGUGUAAACUGCAUAUCAACUGAGAUGGUCUCCUUGAAUGUCAUAUCUACUGUCUCUCAUUCCACAUCAUAAUUUUAUUAGCCAUCUGAUAAUUGUAAUUUCCAGUUUCCUUUUCCCCCAUAGCACUGGUCAAUUUGAAUAUGCAGCUCUUCGGUCAGUUUGCAUAUAGAUUAGCACUUUAGUUUUCAUAAUUAUCAAAAACCACACAUAGGUAUUUUUUUUUUUAGUUAUUAGCGUGUUUCUCCCUUGAAGUGAAUAUGUUUGGCACUUUAAUCCUAGAAUAUAUAUAUUUUUUGGUGCUUUAGGUUC